AUGCUUUCUCUCAGAUCAUCCACUCUCCCAAGAUUCGCCCGUACCUUCACCUCCUCGGCUGCUAGAUUCGUUGCUGUUGGUGACAAGAUUCCUUCUGCCACUUUGUUCGAGGGUUCUCCAGGCAACGAUGUCAACUUGGCCGACGAGGCCAAAUCUGGAUCUUCUAUCAUCGUGGGCAUUCCAGGUGCCUUUUCUCCUGCCUGUCUGGCCUCGCACGUUCCUGGCUACUUGAAGCACUUGGCUGCGUUCAAGGAGAAGGGCAUUGACUCUGUUUAUGUGGUUGGUGUCAACGACGCCUUUGUGAUGAAGGCAUGGGGUGAGUCCAUCGACAAUGCUGGCAGUGUGCGGUUCUUGGCCGACCCUAAGGGUGAGUUCUCUGACGCUUGGGACGUGCUUUUCGAUGCGGCCAAGUUCUUCGGCAAUGCUAGAUCGAAGAGAUAUGCAGUUGUCACCAAGGAUGGAAAGGUCACUCAGACUUUUGUGGAGCCAGAUAACGUGUCGGUGGAGGUUUCUGCUGCCGAGGCAGUGUUGAAGAGUCUCUAG